AUGGCAAAGCGCUACAUGGUCUUUCAUGUUUUCCUGCUGGCUGGACCAAGUGUCUUCCUUGUCACCCUCUCAAUCUACAUCGACGAGCUUCACAGUGGUGGCCACGUGCUUACGGACGAUUCCUGGGCUGUGCAGGACCGUCUGCGCAAUGACGUCCAGGUUUCCAUUCCGCAAAACAUUCUGCUCCUGGAGGCACUCAACCGCCUGGUGGCAGUAUGCGAGUGCCAGCCUUCUCCGCUUGAAAUGUGGAAGCAGCGUGCCGUGCAGGGUGCGCUCAUGGUGGGCAAGAUCGCCUUCCUCGCUUGUUGCCACUUCGAAUGUGCUGCGGACAUCUCUCCUGACGUCACAGCUCUCGUGCACUCGCCGCCAUCGUCAAGAUACCUGGGUGAUUCCGCUGGCAGCUGUACGAACUGUCCUAUCUCCCUUCCGGAUGACUCUCUUGAUCUGACCGCCACCACACUUGCCCGGAGCCCUGGCAUAGCUGGCACACUGAACCGUCCACUCACAAACAAGCCCAGUCCCAUGACGUCAACGAUCAUGCCUAUAAAUUCCCAGCCGGAUCCUUCCUUCUUCAGUGGGCAAGAUGGCAGCAGUUUUGACGAUCAACCAGCGGUGUCUGAAAUGCUCGCUGAGCUUUUGAACGGGCAGAAAAGAUUAGCUGAGGAUAUCGCCGAAAUGAAAAACUUUCAACAAUCUGUUAAUACACGUUUUGAGACUAUCGAAUCGCGUCUGGCCGCUCUGGAGUCCUCGUCACUUAAGCCUGCCAUCCCAAGCGACAGCCUUAACAGUGAACUCGCACGUCUAACAAACGAUAUUCACAACCUUUCAACUAAAAAUGAUGAAUUAGAAAACCGUGCUCGAAGGAACAAUUUAAUCUUAUAUGGUCUGCCAGAAUCCUCCGAUGAAGGUAAUGAACGCUUGUCCUCAGACAUUGCGAAAUGGUUUGAGGAUAAACUUAAAAUGAGCUGUCCUCAAAUAGAAAGAUGCCAUCGUCUUGGAAGGCCUUCGCGUGACCGUCCGCGACCUGUGAUUAUGAAACUUCUGGACUAUCGGGAGAAAGUUUCGGUAUUAAAAAGUGGUCACAAGCUAAAGAAAACCGAUUACCGUAUUUCGGAAGAUUUUUCACUACGUGUCCGGAAUACCCGCAAGAAACUUUGGGAAGCGUCUGAGAGUUUUAGGAACAACGGGUGCACGGUCCGCAUACGGUUUGACCAUAUAUUUAUUGAUAAAGUUCGCUAUAACUGGAAUAGCGCUUCUAAUACUUUAGAGAAAGUACAUCGUAAUACAACACUAAAUAGCGUUGCACCUGCCUCUCCGCCUUGA